AUGUCGAAAGCUGGCUUAGCUUUGCUGGCGUUUCUCGGACUCAUGAGCCAUCGUGCCUUGGCGGACUAUUGCGUCUCUUCUUCUGCAGUGGUUAAUUGGCUGGGUGACAAUCCAACCUCUAACGCGGGUGUGACAUUUGGUCUACCAUGGCCGCAAGGAAAAUACCAACUGGAGAAGACCAAGUUCAGCCUUCUCGGCGAUGACGAGGAAAUAGCAGGACUGGGCUCAUGGGCUACCGGCUACUGGGCCGACGGCUCUGUCAAGUGGACGGGGCAUGCCAUAGCUGCAUCAAGUGCGACCUAUGAUCAAUACACAGUCGUUGCUUCGUCUUUAGGAUGCUUCAACAAAUCGUCGUCAUCAACAGAGUCUGCCACGUCAAGGGAUUCCCUCGCCAUUACAAAUGGACCCGAUGCUCUCACCGUGAAUACGGGAGAGAUCACUGUCUCGUUUCCUAAAGAAGGCAAUGUCCUAGUGAGCGAUAUCAAGACCAAAGGUGGCAAGUCUGUGGGAUCGAAUGGAAGACUAGUUCUUCAAUCCCAGGACGCAGUGCCUGACAGCUCUGAUGGCCGAGUCAAUUCAUCAAUUCAGUAUUCGAAUUUCAACAGCAACAUCGAGAAGGUCUCCGUUAAUUCCACCUCGGUCCGCACUCUUGUCACUGUCAGUGGAAAUCACACGGUGACUGGCGGUGCUGACCAUGAUCCGUGGCUUCCAUUUGUUGUCAGAUUCUACCUAUACGCCAAUUCCUCCUCUAUCAAAGUGAUACACAGUCUUGUUUUCGAUGGAGGCGAGAAGGACUUUAUCACUGGGCUUGGUCUACGAUUCGAUGUUCCCCUCAAGGGCGAAGAAUACUACAACCGUCACAUCAGGUUUGCUGGCGUGGAUGGUGGUAUACUCAAUGAGGCGGUCCAGGGAAUCACUGGGCUACGACGCGACCCCGGUCAAGAAGUCAAGACAGCUCAAUUCGAGGGUCGUGAAUUACCAGCCACUGAUACCUGGGAUAGCCGGGUUACCACUCGAUUGAAAUGGAUUCCGACGUGGUCAGACUACAGCCUCACUCAACUGACAGCUGAUGGAUUCGGCCUCAAGAAGAGGACCAAGGCCGGCCAAUCAUGGGUCAAGAUUCCCAGUGGAACGCGUGCCGAGGGUCUGGCCUAUCUCGGAGGUGCUACUCAAGGUGGUCUCGCUGUCGGCCUGCGUGACUUCUGGAAGCGAUAUCCUUCCGGCUUCGAUGUCUCGAACGCUGCCUCUGAUAAGGGCGAAAUCACGCUGUGGCUAUAUAGCCCUGCCGCUGAUCCUUUGGAUCUUCGGCCGUUCCACGAUGGUCUCGGGCAACAAAACUACACAGAUCAGCUCGACGCGCUCGAGAUCACAUAUGAGGAUUUCGAACCCGGCUUUAACACCCCCUACGGAAUCGCUAGAACUAGCGAAGUGUAUCUUUUCGCAUUCGAGCAAACACCCACAAGUGACACAUUGUCUUCCCUUGCUUCGUACAUCAAUGAUCCUCCAGUGCUGGUACCGGAGCCGAAGUAUAUCCACGAAACGAAAGCUCUCGGAGAGUAUUGGGCCUUGCCGGACACCACUAGUGAAGCUGCGAGCACCCUGGAAGACCGGCUUCACUUCAUAUUUGACUUUUACCGAAACCAAAUUGAGCAGCGACGCUGGUAUGGGUUCUUGGACUAUGGCGAUUUCAUGCACACGUACGACACCGAUCGACACACUUGGCGGUAUGACGUCGGUGGUUAUGCCUGGGACAACUCCGAGCUCUCACCGGAUCUCUUCUUCUGGCUUUACUUCCUUCGCACCGGCAACGAAGAUGCAUACCGGUUCGCCGAGGCCUUAACCCGACACACUGGCGAAGUCGACGUGUACCACAUUGGUGACUGGAAGGGACUGGGCACACGACAUGGUGUCCAGCAUUGGGCCGAUAGCGCCAAGCAAGCUCGUAUCUCCCAACCCCAAUACCGAAAGUACUUCUUCUAUCUCUCCGGUGGAGACGAGCGCGUCGGGGAGCUGCUGGAGGAAUUGCUUGACACGGACAAGACGUAUGGAAAGCUUGAUCCACAGCGAAAGGUCCGAACAGAUGGAUGGACUCCUAGUCCCGAUUCAACGGUUUCGUUCGGACUUGGAACCGAUUGGUCGAGUCUCGCUGCCGGGUGGCUUGUCGAAUGGGAGAGGCGUGGGUCAAGAUGGGAGGAGGCGAAGACAAAGCUGAACAACACGAUUUCCGGAAUCGCAAACCUCACCAACGGCUUCGGUUGUACGAUCCGGUCACUUGGACUUUGGGCCCUCCCCCCUGCUGACCCCAAUAAUCUCGGAAACGUGUCUAUCUCUCAUCUUAAUGCUGUCUUCGGUCUCCCCGAAGUCGUCUCCGAAGCCAUCGCUUAUCUAGCGGAUGACCUUCCCAAAGGAUUUAAGCAAGCUUGGCUGGAUUACUGCUUCUAUUAUCAUGCUUCGGCGGCUGAGCAGAAGGCUCGCUACGGAGAGAGCUUCAGCAAGAUCAGCUUGCUUCAAGCUCACUCCAGGCUAGCAGCUUACGCGGCAUAUGAAACUAAGAAUACCUCAUUGGCGCUGCGCGCCUGGAAAGACUUCUAUGACAGCGACGGACUGGCGCCCGAUGCCCCCUGGAACACCACACACGUCAAUGGAAGUGCUGUUUUGGUGGCCGUCGACGAGGCCUCAUGGCUGGCAACCAAUGAUAUCGCGCAGUACGGAUUGGCUGUCAUUCAAAAUUUGGCAUAUGUCGGGGACUCCCUUGCUGACUACCAAGCUUGA